AUGGUAGGGGAACCGGUGCCAACAAGACGGAAAAGAGAAAAGUCGUUCGCAAUUAUAGCUGAACCACCGACUUCAAGACCUGCCAGUCCUCGGUCUUUACCUGUUGAGAUCAAACCCGAGAGAGUCUCGCCUUUCAAAGGUCGAGGCUUUCGAGAAGAGACAUCACGGCAUAAUACACCUAAAACAUCUGCUACCAACUCAAGAGCGAGCUCGCCACCUAGAAGAAGAACAAGAUCACUAUCCAGAGCGGAGAAGAUGGCGCAAACAGUUACAAUGUUGCCACAGCCUUUGCCGAGUCGGCCAAUUUCACCAAGAAAUUUUCUGAAGGAAAACAUGGCCGAAGUAAAAGAACAAAGUGAAAUGAAUAGAGAAAAACACGAAGCCGAAGCAGAGGAGAAAAGGAAAGAAGAAGAGAUUGCUUUGCUAAAAGAAAUGGGGAUUUUGGAUAAAAAGGGUGAAAUUAAAAGCAGGGUUAAUUCGAGAACCAACUCUAGGAGUAACUCUCCUAGCAAAAUUCAUUUAAGGUCGAGAUCAAAUUCGCCGUCAGCAAUUUUACACUAUGAGAAAGUACCAAAAGGAAGCUCAGAAUUUUUAAACGUUGACUCUAGACACAGAUCUAGAGUCAGAUCAGUGUCUAGAUCGCAGCCGGAAUCUAAAAUUGGAUCCCCUAAAAAUUCUAAAAUACCAAAACGUCAAAGCUCUAUUUCCCCAACCAGAUAUACUAACAAAAAAUAUGUACCAAGCAAUCUAAAUAAAAAUCCAAAGUACAUAUCAAAUAGCACCAGUAGUAUUCACGAGACAAUACGAGUAGGCAGUCAGAUUCAUGAUAAGAGGGCCAUUCAAAGCACCCACAAUCUAGCCGUCCCACACAGUGUAAUAAAAGGUAAACCACCAAUAUCUCCAGGUAAAAUUGGUCCACCUCCUUCUAACAAGACUCUAAAUUCCAAAAGAUUAUCCCCGAUUGUGGGCACUCCUAAUAAAAGUCCCAUUGAUGAUCCAAAGCCAACUUCAGCUAGACAGACAAGUAGAGUUACCAGUCGAGAUCCAAGCCCAGAAAAACGUGUAGCUGCCAAAACUAUAAGCAAGCCUAAUGUCCCAAAACCGAUUAAUAGAGCAGCUAGCACAAAAACAACAACAAAACCCCCAGUCCCAAUAAAAUCUGAGCCGAAAAAACCUAUAAGUAGAACGAAUAGCACAAAAAAUUUGUCAAGAAUACCCAGCACAAAAAAUUUACUCGAAAAACCACCUUUAAAGAAAGUCAGCAGUAAAAAGGAUUUAUCAGAGAAGCCUAAGUCUGCUUCAAAUAAAAAUAACCAAGUAAGUGAAAAUGGAUUAGAGAGCAAUAUAGAUACUAAAAAUGAAAGUAACAGAGAAGGUACUGAUGACAUUUUAAAUAAGAAUGAAAACGAUGUUGUAAAACAAGAUGAAGUGACGAAACAAGAUAACGAAACACAAUACGAUAAAAUAACUAAUGAGAAAGGAGAACUCGUAAUUCUUACAAAGAAAAAUAUUGUGUCUAUGACAACAGCUGCAAUUACUUCCCAACCGUUGGAAGUAGUAACUACAGUUACUAAUCAGCUUCCUAAUGCCUUAGAGAAGGCUCGUGAAAAAGGUAUUUUUGAAAGACUUAAUUCCAAAGAUUCGUUAAUUGGUAAGGAAGAUGAUAAGGACUCUACCGAUGCUAAAGAUUCUUCCGAGCCAACGAAAUCCGACAAAAUAGAGAAAGAAGAAAAGAGACCACCUAGGCAUAAAAGUUCUACAAUUUUUAGUGAAGAUAAUGUGAAAUUAAGAUUACUGCAACCUCCAUAUAAUAAUCCUCAACUGGAGAAAGUGAAACAAAAAAUAGAAGACAUUCUAAAAGAGCCUGAGAUAUCACCUGAAAAUAUUUUAGCUACGGCAAAGGUAAAAGAAACAAAAGAUACUUUUAAAAAGGCAGCAGAAAAGACAAAAAGUGACAUAAAAGAAGGGAAAGAUAAUGCGGCUAAUAAGUUAACAGAUCUGAAAAAUCAAAUGCAGCAAAAAAACGAAGAAAUGACAGCAGAAUUUCGUUCAGAAGCUUCAAAAAUUGUUGACAGUAUCAUAACACCCGUAGAGCAACCUAAAAUUGUUGAAGCACCGAAGCCUAAAGAAGUAGAACCUCUAAUCAAAGUAGUAAGCGAAAAGAAAAAUGAAAUCAAGAGUGAUGCUGAAAAAGUUACCGAAACCCUAGUACAGGGCGAAGGAGAGGUAGAAGUUCAAAGUUCUAAUUUGUCGUCUGGCGAUAAAAUAAGGAUAGAAAUUAAGAAAGCUGACGCUACUUCUGAUAAGUCUGCUCACAGUAAUGGAGGAUUCCCACAAAGCACAAGCACGACACCUAAGCCACCUGCGAGAGCGCAUAGACAACCAAAAGAAGAAAAACCGCCACAAAAUACUGAAGUUACAGAGAAUGCGGAGGCAAAACCCAAUAUUUGCACGCGUUUAAUCAGCAAAUGUAAAAGCACAUGCUGUCCCUGUUGUGUAAAGGCAGCUGAAGGCGAUGAAACAGGGACAGAAGAUGUCCAAGAAAAGAAGAGGUUUUGGAGCUCUAUGAACUGUUUGAAGAAGAAGAUUCCAGACGAGGAAGUAGAACGUGCUGCGGGAAAAGCAGCCACGAUAGAAUUUGAAUCUGAAACCAAACGAAAGCGAAAACUUCGUGAUGUAUUAUGCGCCUGCCGUCGUCGACGAAAGGUCAGUGACCUUGCCGAAUCAGUGCGACAGUUCGAGGUGUCUUCGCCAGUUGCCUCUACGGAGGUCGUAACGGAGACAGGCUGUUGCGGGAAGAAAAAGGAGAUCGAAAGACGGGACAGCAUCUUAAGUGAUCAGGCUCCUACGACGUGCUGUAACAAUCGGCUGUCUCGAUGGCUACGAGGUGCGUGUCGGCGACAGUCUGAACCACCGUCAAGUAGAAGGACCAGUCUCUUCUCCAAAAACAAGAGCUUAUCACCAACUUUACCACCUGAGGACACGCGUACGAAAUUGGAUGCAUCCCUUGUGGAACAUACAAGCGUAAUGCGCGGUGCUAUACCUGUUCUGCCUCCAGCCCUCGCCUAUUUUUGUCUUGUUUGUAAUGUUAUCGUCCCUGGUCUUGGCACUCUUUUCAGUGGUAUGUUUUGUCUAUGCUUCGGAAUUCCUCGUUUCGGUGUUCAUGACGGUGCUAAACACAGAAUAGGUUCUUUCGUCAUCAAUCUCGUGGUGGCCUGUAGUCAGCUGUUCACAGUGUUGUUCUGCUUAGUUGGUUGGGGCUGGUCCAUUUGGUGGGGUGUUAUCAUGAUUAAAAUAUCAAGAAAAUAUAGGAAGUUGAAAGCGGAAGAAGCCGCGGAGGAAGCAGAGGCAGCGCCACCUGUGACUGCUAACAACCAUACCAGAGCGUAG